CUGAAGCCCUUCAUUCGCUCUGACUCUGCACACCAAAAAUCAGCGUAGUUUGAUCCUGGGCGGGGAUGAAAGGUGGUAAAUAUGGCGGCGGCCUUGGAGGAAGAUGAAAUCGACAAUGAUGAUUAUUAUUCUCUGUUAAACGUCCGCAGAGAGGCCACACAGGAUGAGCUCAAGGCUUCAUAUCGCCGUCUUUGCAUGCUCUACCACCCAGACAAGCACAGAGAUCCAGAGCUUAAAAGGCAGGCAGAGCAGCUUUUUAACUUGGUUCACAAGGCAUAUGAAGUACUAAGUGACCCACAAACUAGAGCAAUCUACGACGUAUAUGGGAAGAGAGGGCUAGAAGUGGAAGGAUGGGAGGUAGUGGAAAGGAAAAGAACACCGGCAGAGAUCCGUGAAGAGUAUGAGCGACUUCAAAGAGAGAGAGAGGAGAGAAGACUACAGCAAAGGACCAACCCUAAGGGGACAAUAAGUGUGGGUAUUGAUGCGACAGACCUCUUUGAUCACUAUGAGGAGGAUUAUGAAGAGAUCUCUGGUAGUGGUGGUGGCGGUGGCGGCCUACCACACGUUGAGAUCAACAGGAUGCACAUAUCACAGUCAAUAGAGGCCCCUUUGACAACAUCAGACACAGCCAUUCUUUCCGGCUCUCUCUCCACACACAACGGAAAUGGGGGAGGAAACAUAAACUUGGCUUUGCGACGAGUUACCUCGGCUAAGGGCUGGGGAGAAGUUGAGUUUGGGGCUGGAGACACACAUGGCCCUCUCUUUGGGUUAAAGAUUUUCCGUAACUUGACUUCACGCUGCUUCACAACGGCUCAUUGUGGCAUGCAGUUUUCAUCCCGUGGCAUACGGCCAGGCCUCACUACUAUGCUUGCACGCCACCUGGACAAAAACACUAUGGGUUAUUUACAGUGGCGCUGGGGAACUCAGUCUUCCAUGAACACCAGCAUCGUCAGGGACACCAAAAGCAGCCAUUUCACCUUCGCUGUGCAGUUGGGAAUUCCUCAUACAUUUAUCAUGAUGAGCUACCAGUACAAAUUCCAGGAUGAUGACCAGACAAAGAUCAAGGGCUCUGUCAAGUCAGGGUUUUUCGGUACAGUGGUGGAAUAUGGUGCUGAAACUAAGAUCAGUCGACACAGUGUCCUGGGCGCUACUGUCAGUGUCGGAGUACCUCAAGGCGUCUCUCUGAAGAUCAAGUUGAACCGAGCGAGCCAGACGUACUUCUUCCCCAUUCACUUAACAGACCAGCUUCUACCCAGUGCAGUUUUUUAUGCCACUGUCGGACCCCUUGUGUUCUACUUGGCCAUCCAGCGGCUAGUUAUCAGACCUUACCUUCGUUCUCAGCAGGAACAGGAGCUUGAGAAGCAGCGGGAGAGCUCGGCAUCAGACAUUGCCAAGAAGAAGCAAGAGGCAGAAGCAGCUGUUCUGCUGAUGCAAGAGUCUGUGCGUAGAAUUAUCGAAGCAGAAGAGUCCAAAAUGGGUCUGAUCAUCCUCAAUGCCUGGUAUGGCAAGUUUGUGACAGACAACAGCCGGAAGCACGAAAGGGCAAGGGUCAUUGAUGUGACGGUGCCUCUACAGUGCCUGGUGAAGGACUCCAAGCUCAUUCUCACAGAAGCCUCUAAGGCUGGGUUACCGGGCUUCUACGACCCCUGUGUCGGUGAGGAGAAGAGUCUGAAGGUGCUGUAUCAGUUCAGAGGUGUGAUGCACCAAGUUCUGUGUGGUGACACAGAAGCACUCAGGAUACCAAAACAAUCCCACAGGAUUGAUAAUGACAGUUAGGUACAUGUAUCUCUUGAGCUGAAAGGGACAGUUUGGACUGGUAUAGACUGAUGAGACACAGAUGUUCUGGAGUAGUGCCCUGGAAACACUCUGUACCCUUAAAAGUCUUCAUAUACCUAUUUAUCCUUUAUUUUGUUGCUGUUUUAAAGAUUAUUCUACAUGAUGUCUGUUUGCAAAUUAGAACAUUUAAUUGGAACAUUUAAUUCUCUGGAUUUCCAUGAAUAAAAAUGUCCUUUCCCAGAAAAAAAGCUAGACAACAAAUAUAUAUUUUUGUGUUGGUUGGCCUUAAAAAUAAUUUUUAAACAAAGGCCCCCCUCCUCAAAUAUGGAGCCACAACACGGUGCCUGUAAUCAGCACUCAGCAGAGAGAGCUAUUUUACCCUCAUUACAUCACACAGAAACAUUGCUGCUUGAUCCGACUCACUGAAUCCCACAGGAGCUGGUGUACCCCAGCUGCCAGCCUUCUUUCUAUAUCUGACUUUUUGUACCACCAGCUUCCAAAUAAAUGAUCUUGCAAGUGUUUAGGAGGCAAAGCAUGUUCUUAGUGAAACCCUGGCUGCUUAAUCAUUUGCAUUAUUUUUCUCAUUCAUCCCUUCCCUUGAGUCUAAUAUUUGGAGGCCCAUCUCUCAUACUUCACGUCUGCCAGAAGUGUCAUAGGAAUUGAAGGGGCCAAUGCACACAAUAUGCCGAUAUUGUCUAUUGCAUGCUGGUUGAGGAAACAGAAUGUGAACUGUGUGCUAAAUCUCAUGUAGGGAUAGUCUCCCACCUUGUGUCCAAAGACUUGAACAGCAGUGGAUGAAGGGAUAAUAGUGAAAUGUCCUCUGUUUGUAUUUUAGACUCAAUCUCCCUUAAUCCCUGCGUUUUAGUGCCAUAAUUCAUACAGGGAAGAUCUAAACCCCCAUUACAGUCUUUGGUUGAUUUAAACUUUUUGUUGCCUUUUGGUAUUUGGGAUCUUUAUGCAAGAAAAUUAAUUUGUCUUGAUAAAUGACUAAUCUUUAAUUUGAAAGACUGGCUGUAUGGAAUGUCUUUUCCUGUUUCCUUUUUGAGUAGUAUAAUUUAUAUGAAAUGUUUCCAUUCUGCACACUUGCCAUUUGAAUGAUGUUAAAAAAGACAAUCUAUAAUUGUUGGCUGGAGUUCAAAGGUGUUUGUUAUACUUUACCUAAUGGCCUACCACUUGCAGCAAGUAUAGACUGUCAUUUUUUAAAAUAAAUCUUCAAGGAACAAUGGAAAUGUA